AUGCAUAAUGGGAUGUUGAUGGCAUUUGCAGAGAGGUGGCACCCAGAGACUUCGUCAUUCCAUCUACCCUAUAGUGAGAUUACCAUCACGCUUGACGGCAUUGCAUGCCUCCUGCAUAUACCUAUCAGGGGAACCCUUCUUGCUCACGGUAGGAUGACUAAGGAGGAGGCGAGAGAGGUUCUAAUUGCUGAGGUCGGAGCUGAUCCUGAGGACGCGCUUGAGGAGGUGGAGAAGACCUGCGGCGCGCACGUGAGGUUUUCCUUCUUGACGCGACGAUACGAGGCUGAGCUCCUUGCGGCACAGCAGGCUGCUGGUGACCUAGUAGAUGAGAACAUACACAAGCAGUGGGUGCUGAGAUGUUACUUCUUAUUUUUGUUAGGCACUCAGUUGUUCGUGGACACCAUCUCCUUAUACACAUAUGUCGUUUACCUGAGGUACUUAUCAGAUACCGCACGUAUCCAUGAGUACAACUAG